AUGCCUUCUGAGUUAUAUUAUGGCUAUCGUAACCUGUGCACUAAUACGCUGAUUCAGAAACUUCAGACUUGCAAUGAGGCAGACGAAAAACAUGCGCGGAACGAAACUAAGACUAUAAAGGUCAACAUGGAAGAACCGAGACUGUUCGUCUUUCGGGAUGCUGGCGUGGUUGCUCGGCUAUUUUACUAUUACGCUGCUAAAAGCAUUCAGGUUGGUGAAUACGCGGUUCAACUCAAACAUAAUAUGACAUUACCUAACCUGCGAACGGACAAGUCCGGAAAGCGAUGUCAACGCACCAUGGGUUCCAGGAGCUGA